AUGGAUAACUAUGAAAAGGUGAGGAAGAUAGGGGAAGGCUCUUUCGGGAAAGCAAUCCUCGUCAAAUCCAGGGACGAUGGAAAACAGUAUGUCAUCAAGGAGAUCGGCAUCUCCCGGAUGUCCAGUAAAGAGAGACAGGAGUCCCGGAAAGAGGUGGCUGUUCUGGCCAACAUGAGCCACCCCAACAUCAUCCAGUACAAAGAGUCCUUUGAAGAGUGUGGAUGUCUGUACAUCGUGAUGGAUUACUGUGAGGGGGGAAACCUAUUCAAGACGAUCAACUCUCAGAAAGGAGUGCAGUUCUCUGAGGAGCAGAUUAAGCAGGAUUGGUUAGUGCAGAUAUGCCUCGCCCUGAAGCAUGUACAUGGCCGUAAGAUCCUCCACAGAGACAUCAAAUCGCAAAACAUAUUUCUGACCGAAGAUGAUACCAUAAUGCUAGGAGACUUUGGGAUUGCCAGGGCUCUGAAUAGUGCUGUGGAGCUGGCCAGGACAUGUAUCGGGAUGCCGUACUACCUGUCACCUGAGACUUGUGAAAACAAAACGUACAACAACAAAAGGCAACGGGGUCAUGCGGCAGCUGAACGGGUCAAUCAGGUUCAGGAGUUUCUGCAGCGUAAAAGAGACGCCAUGCUGAACAAGGUGCGCGCUGAGGAACAUGAACAGGGUGCCCGGCAAAACCUGGCAGCCCUCUAUGGUCAGUCCAGCUACAGGAGAGUCAAACCCAACAAAGAGAAGGAGGAGUACCUAUCUCGGCUGAGCCAGUUCAGGCUACAGAACUUCAACGAGCGCCAGCAGAUCAAAGCACGCCUCAUAGGAGAGAAGUACGACAGUGAUGGCUCAGACAGCCAGGUGUCCUGUGAUGAGGCGGAGCCUAGGAGAAAGAAGAUUGAGGCCUUGAAGGCCCAAGCACAGGCCUGUGGAGCAGCUAGAGAAUAA